UUUUUGCCAGUCUUUCCAAGUUUUUCGCUAAAUAUAUACAUACACCGGGAACCAAAAAAACUUUUACGAUUCAAUUCUUGAAAUAAUUUUUUAACAAUAAAAAUGAGUGAAAGGUCUUAUAAAUACUAUAAGCAAUAGUCUAUACAAUUACCAAUUUUAUUGUGUAUUACUUAAGUUACUUAUUUUUUGACGUAUGUUUAUUUACAUUUACCUAAGUGUAUAUUUUUUAUUUGUCACGGACUUUUUAAAUUGAACAUUUACAAAAAAGUAGUUCUACUCCUACUUUGAUGAUAUUUGUAAAUACUGCCAGUCUGUAUAAUAAUGUUAAAGUCAAAAAAUUUGAAUACGUAUGACAUGUUUUUAUGUUAAAGAGGAGACAGUGUAAGAUAAGUGAAAAAUGGAGCGUAGCAAAACAGGAACCGGUCGUGGAACAAAAAAUAAAAUCGCUCAACAUCCAUCAGAUUUAUUUGCACUCGGUUCGAAAGGUGGUCGAAAUGAAAGUUCUGAUUCAAAGAGACCUGGUGUUAUUCACGGAAAAUCCGUGCCAAGUAGUUCAAGUUCAAGUUCAGAUCGGAAGAAAGAAGCUCCGUCAGGUUCGUUGCAGUCGAUGAUACCUGCGAAGAAGGCAAAAUUGUCGACGCACGUUACACAUUCACGAUCUCCGAUAUCGAGUGCGGAAGCGUGGGAGGUAGUUGCAAUUGAAUGCGAUCCUCCGGACCUGGUGCCAAUGGUCCUGGAAGCCAACGACAAUGACGAGGGAGACAAGGUUAUUGGUUUAAUUUGCGGUGCAGCCAGAACUUUAAGAAAUCAACGAUGGAAACCAGAUACUCUACUCUACAUGGGUUUGAUGUAUCUGGCGAAAAUACGUCCUUCUAUUUUUUCCAACGAUUGCAUAUUACAUGCCUUGUCGUCCUUAUUGAAACGAGAUCAGAGUCUUAAUUUUAAGAACAAAGGCAAUCCACUUGUUUCUGUACUUGCUGCCAAUUUACUAAUGCGUGGCUUUUAUGACAAGAAGAAUUGGCCGGAAGUCUUUGUUAAGCUCUACAUUGAUGAUGCACUCGGCGAUCGUGUUUGGAUAGACAAUGAAGAAUGUAAAGGAUUCGUCGACAAUAUUUUAACAGGUUUUAAUACGCGAAUUCCGCCAAAAAGUGCACUGCAACUUGAAUUGAAUGUAUUAAAUCCAAGAGACAGUCACAGUCCCACUGCGGCAGAAGAUGACGACAAUGGAAUUUUGUCCCUUCAUCUUCCGGGUGACAAGGAGAAAAAUGAAUUUACAGUGAGUCCGAGAUACGCUCACUGUAUCGACAACAUUGAGCAAAUUGUUCUUGACGUCGUUAAGGAGCAACUCAAUCGACGACAAUUAGAUUCCAUUACGAGAAAUUUUCUCAAACUUCUCUCGUCCACCUGUGGAUUUGUCGAAAUUCGAAAUAUCGUUGUCUCGAGACUCGAGAUGUGGAUGCACAAUCCGAAAAUAUUGAAACCAGCUCAAGAGCUGUUGGUUUACGUCUGUUACAAUUGUAUUUCUCAUACGCAACGCGAUGUUGAGGUUAUUAGUCAACUGGUGAAAAUGAGACUCAAAAGUAAGAGUGUGAUUAAUCUUUAUCUGAACGGAAUUAAGGAGAUGAUUGGUUUGCAUCCUGAGAAUCUGUCGACAAUAAUGAAACACACGAUUUACAACGAAUUGUCAACGUCGAGGAAUCCUAAUAAUAUGCCUGUUUUGGGAGUGAUGUUUCAAUCGACACCGGAAGCAUCGGCAAAAUUACUCGCUGAAAUAUUUCAGGAUUUGCUGAUGAAUCGAGACGAUUACCUGCGCUCACUGCGAUCAUUGCUGAGGGAGAUAAUUCGCGUCUGCCGUCAGGAUUUGAACCUCAUUCCGUUUGCCAAGACGCUUAUGAUCGAAAGACCGGACUUGAUUCAACAGAUACGAGCUUUCGAAUUUAAAGAUCGGGUCUUUAUGUCCAUCAUGGAUUUACUUUGCGUUUGCAUGCUGUUGGGAAUCAGUCCGCAAGUGAAGGAAGUUGCGGUCCAAGUGCAAAGAGGCGACAAAAAGGAUAUCGCGGUUCUUCAUCAAUUCCAUAAACUCGUGGCUACAAUUCAGCACGAAGCCGUCCUUUGGCUACACACCACAGCGCCAAAAAUGUUCGGAAUGGGAAAAGAAAGUUUACUGCAUUCUCUUCAAAAAAUUUUAUUGCUGGAAUCUGCAGAACAAUAUUAUAAAUUAGACAACUGGCCACCCGAAACGGACAGGACUUUUUACAUGAGACUCGUUUCUGAAAUUCCUCUAAUGCAGUGUACUUUGAUGAAACUUUUAUUCAUUGGACUAUCAAAAGAAAAUGGAAACAUUCACAUGGAGACUUUGGACUUGGUGGACCAAUUGGUUCGCAGAGCAGCGGCAAAUUCGAAUGAAAGUCUUCCAACUUUAGAGGCGGAUAAUAUUAAUAUUAUUGAUUUGAUUUUCAAUCACUGUACGUAUCAAGCACCAGAAUCGAUCAGUAUUCCCGUUGGAUAUCAACCACCAUCUUUGGCGAUUUCAAAUCUCUAUUGGAAGGGUUGGACGAUUCUUUUAAUACUCGCAGCUCAUAAUCCUCUGUCAAUUGGAGCAGAAGCCUGGAACGAGUAUCCAAUUCUCCGAACUUUGAUGGAAAUGUGCAUUACAAAUCACUUCUCCUAUCCACCGCCAACGAUGGCUCUGCCUGAAGUAAUAGAGCAGGAACGAUCGAAGGAACUGCAAGUCGAAGCCCUCGAGAAACAGGAAAUUCUCGAGUACGAAGCUCAUCUGGCUGCGGCGACGAACAGAAUGCAAAUAUCUGAACAAACAAGUCUACUUCUUCCGCAAUUAAUAACAAUGGAUCCAAAAGGCAUCGCCAGAAAGCCGCCGCCAAUCGUCCUCGAACAAAUUCAAUCUCUGAAUACAAGUCAUCGUCUUGGUCAUCUAUUGUGUCGAUCAAGGAAGCCGGAUUUUCUCUUGGACAUUAUUCAACGACAACAGCAAAGUUCUUCUCAAAGUAUGCCGUGGCUCGCCGACUUGGUUCAGAACAGCGAAGGUUCUCUAAGUCAAUUGCCGGUACAGUGUCUUUGUGAAUUUCUCCUAUCGACGAACGCGCAGAAUGCAGAAAAACAAGCGCGACAACAACAAUUGCUCGCUCAUCUGCAAACGCUCUUGACCGAUGCCAGUGAAGAUCAGCAGCACGCGUACGAAGUGCUCGAAUAUUUCCUCCGAAGAUUGAGCAGUCAGCAGACGAGCAGUCGAAUUCAAGCGAUAACGGGUUUAAAAAUGGUCCUGGACUCGAUCCCCCUGGACGAGGAGCAAAUGGACAUUGACGGUCGAUGCGACAACGAAGUCUGGCUCCUGCGGAAACUACCCUCGAUUCCCCACUUCCUGGCAGUUCGAUCCCUCGUCUCCACAGCCUUGCGAGGCGCCUGCCAAGUGGAAAACAAUCCCGAACUCGUGAGAGUCUACAUUCUGUAUCUCGCCGUUCACACCGUCGAAGACGAACUCACCGAGCUAAUUAACUUGGCCAACGAAAUUUCCCAGCUAGUCGUUGAGAGAAGCACAAUCGUUGCCGCGAUCCUACCACAACUGGACAAUGACAACCCUCAGACCAGGCAAACCCUUCACGCCUUCAUGGACAUCUUCUGCAAUUACCUGCAAAAGGCCCGCGAACCAAGGGGAGAGGAUUCUCGUGGAUUUACCUGGUGUGAGAGUCAAGAUUUGAUUCUAGUUCAAUGGAGCAAUCGCGAGCAGUGUACAAUGCACAUACUCGUAGUUCACGCAAUGAUUAUUCUUCUGACAUACGACUCGACAGAUGGGGAUAUUUUGUUUGCCGAACUCUUGGAAACUUGGUUUCCAGUGAAUGAAGAUCCACCGCGAGCAUUUCUUGUCGAUACAAGUGAAGAGGCACUUUUGAUUCCCGAUUGGCUAAAAUUGAGAAUGAUAAGGAGUAAUAUUCCCCGAUUGGUGAAUGCUGCACUUGAGGAAUUGGAACCACAACAACUUGUGUUGUUUAUCCAGAGUUUUGGCAUUCCCGUCACUGCAAUGACAAGAUUGCUGCACAUUCUGGAUGAGACUGUGCAACUCAAUCCUGAUUCUGUCGGCGAAGUUGUUCUGGAUAAAAUAUACAUGGCACAGUUAGUGAAUAUUCUUCAUAAACGUGGAGCUUCUGGCGGUUUGGUUUUCAUGCAAGUCUUGGAAUUACAGGUGCCAGAACUUCCGGAAGAACAUUCACUUUCCGUGGGGAAACUUGUGGAGCCAUUGCCUCCUAGUGCAAUGAUUCAAAAGCAAUCUGUCAUUCAGUGCUCUGUUAAGACAGACGUUCCUCAUCUUAUCAAUAGGAUUUUCAUCGAACCCGUACCAUCGAAUCAAAAGAUGGACGCAUUUAGAAGACUACACAAGACUCUCGUUAAAGAUCUACAAAAGUCAGUUAAGGAGAGUGGAUCAGUAAUUUUGGCGAUACAACAUAUUCUUAGUGUUUUAAGUUCUAUGCAAGUGAAACAAUUUUUAUCAUCUCUCGUUAACCUACCGAAAUUUUCUUGUACCUUAAUGAGGGUUUUAUUGCUGCCACUGAAGAAACCAACGACAAUGAAGCAAAUUGUCGAUCUCGCAAGGACCAUGUGCUUGAAUUUAAUUUCAUUAAUUGGAGACGUGAAAGCGCCGAUUCUCCUCAUUUUACGUGACUUUGCUAAUCUUCAAUUGUCAAAGGUUCCAAACAAAAAAGAGUUGAUUGCCUUGACGCAAACAAGAGAUCCUGCUUCUAUUUUGGAAAACACUGACGACCUUAAUUUGGAGGAAGUUGGACGUAAGUUGUUAGAUGUUUGCUUGAGGCAGCAGAAAAAUGAUGCGCUAGUUGAGGCGAUGGAGAAACUCUUGAUAUCAGACAGCAAUGAAAAAAACGUUAAGCCUAGAACGGGAUUGUUACUUGAUUGGCUCGCUUCUGUAGAACCUGAAUUAAUAGGGACAUGUCGUAAUCUGCAAAUGACUCUUCUUUUUGGAAAGACGAAUAUUGAUAUUCAAAUUAACGAGAGUGUUGUUAAUGUUCAUUCCUGUAGACCUUAUUUGUUGACACUUCUCACUCAUCGAGCAAGUUGGACAACGCUGUACAAAUGCGUCGCUCAUCUUCUGGAAAAAUGUGACAAGGCUUAUGAUCCAACGGCGGUGUUGGAUUUCCUUUGGGCUUUGACUUGUAAUCCAAAAUUGUGGCAAGGUCGCGACAAAUUCACUCCGAAACAUUACAUUCCAGAAAAUGUAUUAUUAUUGACGGAACAACAACUUUUGAAUCUUGUCGCGUACCUUGUGGAAGAAGGUGUAAAUAUCUGCAAUCAAGGGAACAGAAAUGCAGCUCUAACUCAAAUGGAAACUAGACUCAAUCUUCUCCUUCACUGCGUUUCAACUGAAGACCAACUCACUUCGAGAGUUGUUAAUUAUUUAGCAGAGCAAAUGAUAGCCACUGACAAAAUAGAACACUCUGACAUGUCGCAUCAAUUUUUACUUCAUUUGUAUAUGAAAAUACCAAAAGUCAUUUGUUUCCUCGACUCGUAUGAAACGAAGAAAUUCGUCGAUGGCGCAAGAAUCACGGAGUGGACUGGCUCAGUUUUGGAUUGUAUGAGUCAUUCUCUUUUAACUGCAUUGGCAGCAACGCCACGGCAAAAAUCUUGGAAUUCAAAAUCUCAGGAAUUUGAACUCUGCGCUAGGAAAAUGGCGACAGUACAUCCCAUUCUCGUUUUGCGACAACUUCCAAUGUUAGCAUCUUCACUCACUGGCAGAACGUAUCUGUCCUUCUCGCAAUUUAGAUCGGGUCACCAUUUAAAUCUUUUUAAUCAAGUUAUGGGCUUAUUGGAACUGUUGCAGCCUCAUCUCUUCAACGAAGAUCACAGACCUGCUUUGGAAGAUACUCUGGAAAAUUAUUUCCAGUGUUUCCAGAAUUACAUGCCAGUGAAAGACUUAGAUCAGCUCUUUAAUCGGUUCGUAGCUUUAUUGCAAGCUUACAUUUCUCAAGGUGGUCAAAGAGCUUUGAAAUAUCUUCAAAAACAUGCACAUGUUCUCUAUGAGUUACAAGGUCGCCCUGGACUAAAUAGUUUACGGACUUUAAUGUCAGGAAUUCCAGUGCCAAGAGAAGGCGAAGAUGACGACGAUGCGCUGAUUAUAGUUGCACCUGUCAUACCUCCUCCUGAACCACUGUUUACGCAACAAUUUUCAGCUUCCUUACCAACGCUUAAAAAGCUUUACGGCGAUGAUGUGCUUGACGUUCUUCAUGAAAUUGAAAGUUCAUCAUCUCGUAAGCCUGCGAUUUUGGAGCCAAUAAUUGACAACAUUGCAGAUCUGCUGGUGUCGCCGCAAGGCAACGUCAGAGCAAUGGCGCAUAAUUUAAUAGCAAAGGUUCUGAAACAUCGGCCCAGUCCAAAUUUGAAUAUACUGGCUGCUUUUCAGAGAUGUUUGGACAGCCCACGGGCCGAUGUUCUUAUGUCUGCUUUGGAUAGGUUACCGGACAUUGUCUUGUGUAUGCAAGAACACGCUCUACCUCUAAUGCAAAAAGUCUUUGAACUUGGUGUAAAUUCAAAUGUAAAUACUGUUCCUUAUAUUAAUAAGAGCAUAGCUCUUUUGAAUACACAACAAGGCUGUUAAUUGUAAGGGUAAAAAUCAUGUUUUCAAAAAAGAUUAUUUAAAAUUAAACUCAACGACUGAUGAAUAUUAUAGUUAUACGUUAAUAAUAAUGUUUUAAUUACA